AUGAAAACAAAACCACUGCUCUUAUUCCAUCUGAGUUGUGCACAGACCCGCCGCCAUCUUACACGUACUCCAAUCCUCCGCUUUGCAUGCAGAUCCGCGGCGACGCCGCCACGCUCAUUGCAAUUGUUUGAGUUAAGAAGAUCCGCAGCCACCUUAUAUGGACUCCAAUCCUUCCGCUUUGUCUGCAGAUCCGCGGCGACGCCGCCAUGCUCACCGCAUUUGUUUGAAUUAAGAAGAUCCGCAGCCAUCUUACACGAACUCCAAUCCUUGCGCUUUUCGUGCAGAUCCGCGGCGACGCCGCCAGGCUCACCGCAUUUGUUUGAGUUAAGAAGCAAGAAAACAAAACAGUAUACAGAGGGGGACGAACGAACAAACUUGAAGCAAGAAGAAGAAGAAGAGAUCCGAGUUUCAAUUUCUGAAACCCUGGAUCUAUCCGCCGUGCUAUACUACCUUCACCCGCCAGUACCUGCGAAAUCUGAAACAAGGAGAAGCUUGGAGGAAGAAGAAUAUGAGGUGAGAGGGAGAAACGAAACUCACCGACGAAUCCACCGUCGUGCGCAGCCACUAUAG